AUGGUUGGUACUUUUGAUCUGUGUACUGAGCUCUUGGAAUCCCUUUUGCAACUCCAAUCUUCCAUUGUUGAAUUCAUCAAAGGUAAGACCCAGAUCCUCAAUCACUUUGCCGAUCUUCGUGGUACACUCCGAGAGCUUCUGAGCGAGUUCCAAGAUCUCCAUACCACUAGUUUACCGUGCGCUCUAGCUGGCACUCAGUCGGUGGAGACCAACAUACAGGGAGUCCAAGGUGAGGUUGAGAAGCAAGCUCAGAAGUUGGAGACCAACCUCAAAGAGGGCUUUGAAAGCAUUGGAGGGUAUCUUCAAGAGGUGGUGAGACUCCUGGGGGAACGUCCAGUUACAAUGGGCGAAAGUGGGGCACCGCUGACGCCGGGAAUGUUAGGGCUGAGAAGGGAAGUGAGUGAAGUCUUGGCGAUUGACUUCACCAACUUGCAGGUGCUACAUGAGGCACUCGAGCAGCCCGGGGGAUUAGCUUCUGAUUCUCUGGCAGACUACGUGGCUGCCCGACUGGGUGAGGAGCAGUUGCUGAUCGCCACGGAGUUGAGGCAGUUCCGAGAACACACCAACCGGGACAUGCUACGUGAAAGGCGUCUCAUGUGUCGGCGGCUGGUCAGGCCCAGGUUGGAGCAGCCAACAGUUGCUGCUGAAGAGAUUCAGGAGACCUUCUCGAAUCUGAUCAAGCGGGAAGCGAUGCCGUUGAGGCAGAUCCGCAAGACUCGGCUGAGUCAAAGCCUCACUUUGGAGGUUGGAAACCCCCUCCAGGUGGCAGAGGAGGAAAGGGUCCGUUGGGCCAUGGCUUUGUCACAAUAUAUUGUCGUGGCUGAACUUCCGGUGGUCACCAUGAUCCAGGAGACGGAUGAUCAGCAGAGGGCCUGGUGCCGGAUCUUUGGCAGUCGCAGAGCCAAGACCUUGAGGAAUCGGGCCACAACUUGGAAGAGGUUCUAUGCAUGGCUUCUAUUGAACCGGGCAAGGCACUGGCCCACGAAGUUGGGUGACGUGGUGGAUUAUCUGGAAGGUCGCAUUGAAGAUGGCUGCGGUCCAGCAGCUCCACAGGGCUUGAUGGGCGCUCUGGCCUUGCUGGAAACAGUGGGAAGAGUGACUGAUCUGGCCAAGCUCUCCAGAGACAGGACCCUCCUGGACACCAUUAAGAAUAUGCAGAUGCAGUUACAGACAGGUGCGGCCCCGAGGAGGCCAGCACGUCCCUACUUGAUCAGCUCGAUCAUCGGGUUGGAGAUUUUGGUCUGCUGCCCAGACUACUGCAACUAUGCCAGGCUGAUCGGCUGGGUUAUGUUGCUGAUGUGUUGGAUGGUGCUUCGUGCAGACGACGUCCAAUGGAUUGAUCCUACACGGAUGCAUAUGAGUGGCACCUGUGUGAGGAUGAUACUGAGGCAGACGAAGACGACGGGGCCAGGCAGGAGAGCUGUGGAAGUGCCUGCCUACGUGGCACGUGAUGCCUCACUUUCAGGGGAAGAUUGGCUUGGACGAGGAUGGGAGCUCUACCACUCCGAUGCCUUCAGGAAUGACAGGGACUACUUCCUGCCGAGUCCUAACAAAGACUGGUCUGGAGGUGCCAGAAAAUUUCUCAGUCUUCAGAACUUGAACAGCUACAUGAGGUACGUGCUCUCCAUCGUGAAGAAGCCGUUGCGUGGAGGCAGGAAUGUCAAAUCCUGGAUGGAGAGUGGCGAGACGCUGACCUCCGGUGAGCUGACAAACUUCUGGAGUGGGCACAGUGGUCGACACUGGUUGCCUACACAUGCAGCAAAUAUAGGCAUCCCGAAGGAGCAGCGAGACUAUCUGGGCCGAUGGCAAGCGGGUGCCCAGGAGUCCAAUGCCUAUGUCCUGAGUGCCAAACAGAUAGUCACCUCGAUCCAGCGGGAUGUCAACAAGGCCAUCUGUGAAGGCCAUGUUGGUCUCACAGAAGGCGAGCUCAUCGAAGAGUUGAAGAACUAUGGGCAGGAACGCGGAGUGGUUCAGAGAGAUGGCAGGUGGUUCCACAUCAUGCUUCGGAUGCCGGACUACCGUUAUGGCCUGAAGACUCUGUACCCCACACUCCAGAUGCUGAUCGAGGAUGAUGAACUGGAAGAGAUGGUGGCUGGCUGGGGGCAACCUGUCCCGUUGGAAGAGAAGGAGAAAGCUGCUGGGUCCAAAAGCACCAGCGUUGACAUGAAAUACUGGGUCUCGAAGUCCAGGAGGACCGGAUUCAGAAGGUUGCACAAGAAGAGCUGUGCAUGUGGAGUCCAGUAUUGGACGGUGGCCUCUUAUGAAGAGGUAGAUCAUAUCCCCAAAACGGGGGUAGAUGCAUGGUGCAGAAUCUGCUUUCGAGCAGAGUUGGAGGAGCAGGAGGAAGAGAACUCCAGCACGUCGGGAAGCUCCACCAGCACCGACGAAGAGGGCUGA